AUGGCGAGGCGCAAGCAGAGCGCGCCUCUCAAGGCAUCCAAAUCUCCCAUCGAUGAGCCCCCGACGAAGCGCCGGAAGAAAUCCGUGGAAUCGGUGAGCAAGAAAUGGCAGGAUGUAGUGUCAGUGUCGAUCGACAGAGAGAAGGACGCAGAGAUUGGGGAAAUUGCCCUGGAGGAUAUUUCCGUCUCCCCGCUGGAAUCCUCGAGCGACGGCAAUCCAGGGGUGAGGCUCCGGUUCUCAAGCAGCGCCUCAAGAUUCGGUCAGCUGGGAGUAGUGGACGAUUUGUCGCUGGAGGUUUUCCAGGAGGAAAGUGUGAUCUCUGGGAAGCUGGAUUGUGCGCAAGAGAUCUACUCGAGCUUGGUGUUGCUUGUGAAGAAGAGGUUCGCAGGCUUAAGGUACGAAGCUGAGAGAGUCCGAGUUUUUAUCACCAGUGGAUUAUUUCUGGCAUGUGAAGAGGAAUCAAGCCAUAUGCUGCGAAGAUCUCUUCAGAGUUUGAUCGUUUGGUUGAGGCCGGAGCUCUCUAUCGGUUUCUUCUACGGCCCCGAGACAAGAAGUAAGAGCCAGAAUGAGGUGUUUGAUCCUUCGAGCUUAUACCGAGGAGUUCAGAGACAAAGAGAUGAGCCAUGCUGGAGCGUCGCUCUUGAGGGGCUAUUGCCGGAACUUAGAACUUACCAACAACAAGCAGUGUUUUGGAUGGUUCAGCGAGAAACAGCCGACCCGGCUGUGGAAGAAGUCAUGCGAAAGAGGCACCCGCUUUGGGUAUUAGUGGAGUCUUUGGAUAAAGAGAAGUCUUUCUACUACAACGUUUUCAAUGGGAUGGUUUCUCGCGAGCCUCGAGAUUGUUGUAGCUACGUUCGUGGGGGCAUACUAGCUGAUGAAAUGGGGCUUGGAAAAACUGUUGAGGUGCUGGCUUGCAUUCUAGCAAACAGACACGAAGGACCUGCAAUGUGGGAGUCUGCGGUUGAGAAACUGCAGCAAAGGCUGGAUGAACGUAAGAACGAGAGAGUUGAAUGCAUCUGCGGCGAUGAUGACGCUGGCGGCAUGAUGGUUCAGUGCGAUCAUUGCCAUGUCUGGCAGCAUACAUCUUGCGUUGGCUAUUCGCCUCCAAAAAAGAAGAAAGCCAGGAAGAGCAAGGGAGCAGACGAAGAUGACGACGCUUUUGCUUGCGAUGGAUGCUUUGAGGUGAUUGCAAGCACGGAGGUUGAAGGCGUGUGUGGGGCUACUCUCAUAGUUUGUCCCACGGCGAUACUGAAGCAGUGGCAGGAAGAAAUCGUCAGGCACACAAAACUGGAUGCAGUGAAAGUUCUAGUUUACGAAGGCGUGAAACGGGGUUGCAUCACAUUGGGAGAAAAAAAUUCUGGUCUGAGAAAGGUGGGAGCACACGAUUUGGCAGCAGCAGAUGUGGUAAUUACUACCUAUGAUGUUCUUCGAGCGGAUUUAAGUCACGAUAUUGAAGAAGAGAACCAACAAACUUUACGGUUUGAGAAGAAGUACCACGUGAUUGCCACCCCUCUCACAAGAUUGAAGUGGUGGAGAAUUUGCUUGGACGAAGCACAGAUGGUGGAGUCUAGUACUGCUAAAGCAACUGAAAUGGCUAUGAGGCUGCAUGCGGAGAACAAGUGGUGUGUUAGCGGAACGCCCAUUCAACGGGGGCUGGAUGAUUUGUAUGGCUUGCUUAGAUUUCUACAAGCGGAGCCGUUUGACAAUCAUACUUGGUGGCAGCAAGCCAUAAAACAUCCUUACGAGAAAGGAAAAAUGGGAGCAGUUAACUUUGCUCAUUCCUUUUUCCGUGAGAUUAUGUGGCGGUCUAUGAAGAUCGAUGUCAUAGACCAGCUAGAUAUUCCUCCUCAAGAAGAGCGAAUUACCUGGCUCAAGUUUUCGGGUGUCGAGAACCACUUUUAUAGGCAACAACACGAGCAAUGCGUGAAGAGAGCCAGAGAAGUUAUUGAGAAGUACUCAUUAGGUGAUGGUCGACCUCUAAAUCAUAUGGAUGCCUCAAAGUUAAUGAACCCCUUGUUGAGGCUGCGACAAGCUUGUUGCCAUCCUCAAGUGGGGAGUUCGGGAGUACGCUCGUUGCAGGCAUCACCACUGCCGAUGGAUGAAGUCUUGGAGGUCCUAAUUGAGAAAGCUAAAACUGAAGGAGAAGAAGCUCAACGAGGUCUUGUUGCUUCGUUGAACGGACUGGCAGCUCUGGCGAUUAUCGAGGAAAACAUCCCCAUGGCUGUCUCCAUUUACCGAGAAGCACUAGCAUCCACGGAGGAAAAUGCGACUAAUUUUGAAGUUGAUCCGCUUCAGAAAGUGCAUAUUUUACACAAUUUGGAAGAGUCACUCAGAAACUGCAAGGAUGACGCAUUGAGCAAAAUUCCAAGAACUCUGAGGGAUGAUAUGCUGAUCAGUCAAUGCGACGAAUUACGAAAGAAGUACGUCAGUGGCCAGUAUGCAAAUCUUGCUGCGGCUCAGCAAGACUUUCACGCUGCACACAAAGAGAUUGCUUCUGCUCAGUCUGAUGAUAAAUCUUCAAGAUGGAGCCGCUGGUGGCUAGAUGCUUUUGCAUGGGUUCAAUCAUCGAGCAAACGAAGUGACCACCUAUUGGAGCGAAUAAAGCACGGGCUGGAAGAUGUAAAUCGUGCUGGUGGUCGGAAUGCUUCUAGUCUUAUUCUAAGAUACCACGACCUUAACGGCCUCAAGUUCUUACUAAGCCAGGAGCUGGAUGCUCUCCAUGAGACUCGUGACCACGUACUGAGUCGCUUACUUGAAGUGGAUGGCGGGAUGCAGAAUCCGAAUCCCGAUUAUGUGCAGCGCGCUGGACAAUGUUCCCAGUGCCAGCCUAGACACACUGGGAUAACUUGUGUUCAUUGUGCGAUUGAUCUCAUGUUUCAGAAAUAUGCAAAUAGGCUAUUUUACUUGACGUCCCGAGCAGCUGAAUUAGAUGGCAUUGUCACUGCAGAAGACGCCUUUGUUUCUCAAGUACGUUCACUGGUUAAGGGAAACACGGAAACUGAGACGAACACAGGCAGGAGAAAAGGAGCAGCAGUAGCUGCGGUUACGCAUAGAUGUUCUGAAACGGAAAUGGUUUUAAAGAUUUUACUUGCAUACAUGAAGGCGGAAACGAACUUUGAGGAUGAGAUAGAAGCCGCAAAGAAGCAUCUCGAGUAUCUUGAAGCAUUGCGUAGCGAAUAUGCAGCGGCGAGACGCUUGACAACAGCACAACAAUUAGUUCUAACUGCAUUGGACGAGCUGAGCAUGUCGACAACAAGGCUAUGUUUGCAAGGUGCCAAGGCUGCAGACGGCAAUCCUUUUGGUGAUGAAGGCUACGAGAUAGCAAUUAGAAACGCGGAGCUUACCAACGAAAAAUUUGUUGCUGUUGAGAAUCUAUCUCGUGUGAAGAGGCAGCUCAGAUACUUGAAGGGUCUAAGGAAUAAGAAGGACGAGGGGCAUAACAGUUUGGAAGGAGAAAUUUGCCCAGUUUGCCACGAUGCCUUAGAAUCUGGAGCAAUGGUCCUUCCGUGCGGCCAUUUGCUUUGUGGCAAGUGUUUGAAUCUUAUUGUGAACCGCCAGAAAGCACCAGCGAACGGUGCUGAUUUCAAGCGCAUUGCAUGCCCAACGUGCAGACAACAGACUUAUGUCUCUAAUAUUGCUUAUGCCAAUGCUGAAGGGGCUUCUUCAAAAAUUGCGGAAAACCUCCAGGAAGAAGAAGAGGACGAAGAAAAAUCUAUAACCGUGGCAGGGUCGUACGGAACAAAGAUUGAAGCUGUCGUCAGGAGAAUUCUUAGUCUGAAAGAAGACGAUCCGUUUGUGAAAAUUCUUGUGUUCUCGACGUGGCAAGAAGUGCUGGACUUGUUAGAACACGCACUGAAGAGCAACAAGCUCAGCUGGGUUCGAUUAAAGCAGCGCAGACAAAUGGGUUCUUCCAUCUUGGAAUUUAAGAAGGAGAACAUUCAAGUCAUGUUACUGCCCAUACAACAUGGUGCCAAUGGCCUGAACUUAAUAGAGGCCCAACACGUUAUUUUGGUGGAGCCUUUGCUCAAUCCGGCAGUAGAAGCUCAGGCUAUCAAUCGAGUCCACCGGAUUGGCCAACGUCUAAAGACACUUGUACAUAGAUUCAUUAUACGUAACACUGUGGAGGAGAACAUCUACAAAAUGAGCCAGCAGAAGACGAACCUCCUUCCAAUGAAACAAAAAGAGCAGCCUCUUUCAGCGAAUGACAUGAACAGCUUACUAGCUUGGGACGAACCGAAAGAGAACACAGCUACUUCAAACACCCCCAGUGGUUCUACUCGUGAUACUUUCCGAGAUUUAACUCCGGCUCAAGCUGCUGCUGCUGCUGCUGAAUCGCGGCUCUUGCGACUACAGGCCAACGCUUGCCUAUAGAUUCUUUAGAAGGAACAUUCUUUAAUCGAAAGAUGAGCUUUCUCA